GAGCGGAAGUGACGCGCGCCUCAGCGGAAGUCCCUCCGGCCGCGGUGUUGUGCUGUGGGGAAGAGGGACGGAAUUGUAAACCCGGAGCGAGGUCCUGCCUGCCCGAGGCCGCUGCGCUGCGGAGACCCCGGGUGAAGCGCCGUCACCAUGUCUGACCAGGAGGCAAAACCUUCAACUGAGGACUUGGGGGAUAAGAAGGAAGGAGAAUACAUUAAACUCAAAGUCAUUGGACAGGAUAGCAGUGAGAUUCACUUCAAAGUGAAAAUGACAACACAUCUCAAGAAACUCAAAGAAUCAUACUGUCAAAGACAGGGAGUUCCAAUGAAUUCACUCAGGUUUCUCUUUGAAGGUCAGAGAAUUGCUGAUAAUCACACUCCAAAAGAACUGGGAAUGGAGGAAGAAGAUGUGAUUGAAGUUUAUCAGGAACAAACAGGGGGUCAUUCAACGGUUUAGAUACUCUUUUUAUUUUCUUUUCUUUUCCCUCAAUCCUUUUUUAUUUUUAAAAAUAGUUCUUUUGUAAUGUGGUGUUAAAAUGGAAUUGAAAACUGAUGCCCCCAUCUCUUUAAAACAUCUGGUAAUUUGAAUUCUAGUGCCCAUUAUUCAUUAUUGUUUGUUUUCAUUGUGCUGAUUUUUGGUGAUCAACGUCAGCCUCCUCAUAGUGCCCUCUCCCUUUGAAAUAUGACGUGUGUGCACAGGGAGGCCACCUUUUUCAGGACUGUGCAUUUUCAGGCUUGUGAUAAAUAAGGUCGACCAAUGCAAGUGUUCAUAAUGACUUCUAAUUGGCCCUGAAGUUCUAGCGUGUGAUUGCUUCACUCCUGGACUAUGACUUUCAGUGGGAGGUGGAAGUUUUUCAGAGAACUGAACUGUGGAAAAAUGACCUUUUCUCAGCUUGAAGCUACUUUUAAAAUCUGAAGGUCUGGACCAAAAGAAAGAGGAAUAUCAUGUUGGAGUCAAGAUGACAGAUGAGGUGAGAGUAAAGACUAACUCCAAAGAUGGCUUCACUGAAGAGAAAGCAUUUUAAGAGUAAAGGAAAAUCUUGUCAGAAGAUCCCAGAAAAGUUUUAAUUUUCAUUAGCAGUUAAUAAAGUUAUUCAUGCAGAAGUGUGUGCAACAGAACACUGCUCUUUUUGAUUUUAUUUGUACUUUUUGGCCUGGGAUUUGGGUUUUAAAUGGACAUUGUCUGUACCAGCUUCAUUAAAAUAAACAAAAUGUUUGUAAAAAUCUUA